AUGCCGCAUCAGAUGGGCCUGGCCCGACCGCACCUGAUGCGCCUGGGCCGACCGCACCUGAUUAUCCUGGCCCGACCACAGUGCACCACCACCGCACAUGAUUGGCGUGGCCGACCGCAUGCCUCGCCGUCGCACCUGAUUGGCGUGGCCGACCGCAGUGCCUCGCUGCCGCACCUGAUUGGCGUGGCCGACCACAGUGCCUCGCUGCCGCACCUGAUUGGCGUGGCCGACCGCAGUGCCUCGCUGCCGCACCUGAUUGGCGUGGCCGACCGCAGUGCCUCGCUGCCGCACCUGAUUGGCCUGGCCGACCGCAGUGCCUUGCCGCCGCACCUGAUUGGCCUGGCCGACCGCAGUGCCUCGCCGCUGCACCUGAUUGGCCUGGCCGACCGCAGUGCCUCGCCACCGCACCUGAUUGGCCUGGCCGACCGCAGUGCCUCGCCGCCGCACCUGAUUGGCCUCGCCGCUGCACCUGAUUGGCCUGGCCGACCGCAGUGCCUCGCCGCGCACAUGAUUGGCCUGGCCGACCGCAGUGCCUCGCCGCCGCACCUGAUUCGCCUGGCGGACCUCAGCACACCACCGCCGCACCUGAUUCGCCUGGCGGACCUCAGCGCACCUCCGCCGCACCUGAUUCGCCUGGCGGACCUCAGCGCCUCGCCGCCGCACCUGAUUCGCCUGGCGGACCUCAGCGCCUCGCCGCCGCACCUGAUUCGCCUGGUGGACCUCAGCGCCUCGCCGCCGCACCUGAUUGGCCUGGCCGACCGCAGUGCCUCGCCGCAGCACCUGAUUGGCCUGGCCGACCGCAGUGCCUCGCCACAACACCUGAUUGGCCUGGCCGACCGCAGUGCCUCGCCGACGCACCUGAUUGGCCUGGCCGACCGCAGUGCCUCGCCGCCGCACCUGAUUGGCCUGGCCGACCGCAGUGCCUCGCCGCCGCACCUGAUUGGCCUGGCCGACCGCAGUGCCUCGCCGCCGCACCUGAUUGGCCUGGCCGACCGCAGUGCCUCGCCGCCGCACCUGAUUGGCCUGGCCGACCGCAGUGCCUCGCCGCCGCACCUGAUUGGCCUGGCCGACCGCAGUGCCUCGCCGCCGCACCUGAUUGGCCUGGCCGACCGCAGUGCCUCGCCGCCGCACCUGAUUGGCCUGGCCGACCGCAGUGCCACGCCGAAGCACCUGAUUGGCCUGGCCGACCGCAGUGCCUCGCCGCCGCACCUGAUUGGCCUGGCCGACCGCAGUGCCUCGCCGCCGCACCUGAUUGGCCUGGCCGACCGCAGUGCCUCGCCGCCACACCUGAUUGGCCUGGCCGACCGCAGUGCCUCGCCGCCGCACCUGAUUGGCCUGGCCGAACGCAGUGCCGCGCCGCAGCACCUGAUAGGCCUGGCCGACCGCAGAGCCUCGCCGCCGCACCUGAUAGGCCUGGCCGACCGCAGAGCCUCGCCGCCGAACCUGAUAGGCCUGGCCGACCGCAGAGCCUCGCCGCCGCACCUGAUUGGCCUGGCCGACCGCAGUGCCUCGCCGCCGCACCUGAUUGGCCUGGCCGACCGCAGUGCCUCGCCGCCGCACCUCAUUGGCCUGGCCGACCGCAGUGCCUCGCCGCCGCACCUGAUAGGCCUGGCCGACCGCAGAGCCUCGCCGCCGCACCUGAUUGGCCUGGCCGACCGCAGUGCCUCGCCGCCGCACCUGAUUGGCCUGGCCGACCGCAGUGCCUCGCCGCCGCACCUGAUUGGCCUCGCCGCCGCACCUGAUUGUGCCCCGCCGCCGCUCCUGCUUGCCCUGGCCGACCGCAGUGCCCCGCCGCCGCUCCUGCUUGCCCUGGCCGACCGCAGUGCCCCGCCGCCGCACCUGAUUGGCCUGGCCGACCGCAGUGCCUCGCCGCCGCACCUGAUAGGCCUGGCCGACAUCAGUGCCUCGCCGCCGCACCUGAUUGGCCUGGCCGAAAGAAGUGCCUGGCUGCCUCACCUGAUUGGCCUGGCCGACCGCAGUGCCUCGCCGCCUCACCUGAUUGGCCUGGCCGACCGCAGUGCCGCGCCGCCGCACCUGGUUGGCCGGGCCGACCACAGUGCCUCGCCGCCGCACCUGAUUGGACUCGCCGCCGCACCUGACUGGCCUGGCCGAUCGCAGUGCCUCGCCGCCGCACCUCAUUGGCCUGGCCGACCGCUGUGCCUUGCCCCCGCACCUGAUUGUGCCACGCCGCCGCACCUGAUUGGCCUGGCCGACCGCAGUGCCCCGCCGCCGCACCUGAUUGGCCUGGCAGACCGCAGUGCCCCGCCGCCGCACCUGAUUGGCCUGGCCGACCUCAGCGCCUCGCCGCCGCACCUCAUUCGCCUGGCGGACCUCAGCGCCUCGCCGCCGCACCUGAUUGGCCUGGCCGACCGCAGUGCCUUGCCCCCGCACCUGAUUGGCCUGGCCGACCGCAGUGCCUCGCCGCCCCACCUGAUUGACCUGGCCGACCGCAGUGUCCCGCCGCCGCACCUGAUUGGCCCGGCCGACCGCAGUGCCACGCCGCCGCACCUGAUUGGCCUGGCCGACCGCAGUGCCCCGCCGCCGCACCUGAUUGGCCUGGCAGACCGCAGUGCCCCGCCGCUGCACCUGAUUGGCCUGGCCGACCGCAGUGCCUCGCCGCCGCACCUGAUUGGCCUGUCCGACCGCAGUGCCUCGGCACCGCGCCUGAUUGGCCUGUGA